GUCAAAAGACUUCCAUACUUGCAGCGUUGGCUCAGUUUCCUCUCAGUGACGCCGGGACGUCCAGGGUGGAGUCUGCCUUUUGCCCCAAAUCAGCCGGGAGAAGAUCCAGCUCCCCCGGCACCCUAAACACCAUAAGCGAAUAUGGAAAAGGAUGGAAACGGGCUACGUAACUAUAAAAUCUUACGUACACUGCAUAGUUUUAAUAGUGAGUUUCAGCUCCUCACACAAACCGGCGGAUGGAACAAUUGUCUAGUAAAGAAAGCUGUUGACGGAAAUUCAACAUCUAAAAAUGGCUUAAAUCAGUCUCGAUAUGUUGUACACUGGCUUCGAACAGCGAGGAGACAAUCAUCUCAAGAAGUUAAAGAAUAAUACAUUGAGGGAAAAAACGAGUACAUUCAAGACUCUUGAUGAUGAAAGAACGCCCUUCGCUGCUUUAAUGUUGCAGAAUAAACCCCCCAAAAAUCCUAUUAUUCCAAAUAUUCUUCGAGCUAUGGAGUGUAUUUAGCUGUUUUGGAUUGCUAUAGGCCGCCCGGGGUAACGUUUCAGUUGUGCUAUUAGGCCAUUUUGACCUCCUUCGCUUGCCGUUCGCUGUGUUGACUACUUUAAUGACUGUGUGAAAAAUGGGACGUUGCAGUGCCGUCGCGAACGGACCGCUCCACUUUGAACCGCUUGCGAAGUUUUGUUCGAAGGCUCCAUGGCGCGCUGGCUCAAGCUAAGCGCAGCCGCGCUUCUGGCUUUGGCAUUUUCGACACUGUGCGACUUUCGCCACUCGCUCAUUCUCAACAGCAGACUCGCUGGAAACGGCGGGCCGCCGAAGCCGAAGCUCGGGCGCACGCUCCGUCACAGACUCGAGCCAGCGGACAACGACGCGGAGGCCCGACCGCCGCGCUGCGUCAUGCCGCCGGAGAGACGCUUCGACUGUGGCCGGGACCGAGCGCUCGGUCGGCGGGAGUGUGAGCGGAGGGCUUGCUGUUACGCUCCCCUCGACGACUCCUCAGCGGCUCCGUGGUGCUUCUACCCUCACCCGUACCCCGGCUACCAAAUGGGCGUCCUGACGCCCACCCUGCGCGGUCGGGAGGCCGCCUUGACCCGCGCCUCCGCCUCCUACCUGCCGCGAGAUGUCGCCGUUCUGCACCUGGAAGAAACUCGGCAGUCGGCGGGCUGCUUGCGCCUCACAUUGAAGGAUCCGUGGUCCGAGCGCUAUGAAGUCGAGCUCCCUGGUGGAGUUCCUCAGGGCAAAAGCGGCAGCCAAGAUGCCCUCUAUACCGUUGCGUACAAGUCCAAGCCGUUUGGAUUCAUCGUGAGGCGCGCAUCCAAUGGAAGGGUCAUCAUGAACAGCACAGUGGCUCCUCUCUUGUUUGCUGAGCAGUAUCUGCAGCUGUCCACCACUCUGGCAUCCUCGCUGGUGUCCGGCCUGGGGGAGCAUUACACGUCCCUCCUCUUGGACCUCAACUGGACCUCCUUGACCCUCUGGAACAGGGACAUGGCUCCUCAUGCCGGUGCAAAUCUCUACGGCUCGCACCCGUUCUAUGUGGUACAGGAGGAGGACGGACUCGCACACGGAGUGUUCCUUCUCAACAGCAAUGCCAUUGGUGCUGACUUUGUUCAGCAGGACACGACGACAGCCACUUAUUGCUGUUUUCUCCUAAUAUUGCACGUGUGUGUGUGUGUGUGUGUGUGUAGAGGUGGUCUUGCAGCCUCUGCCAGCUCUCACGUGGGUGUCCACCGGCGGAGUCCUCGACCUGUACGUCUUCAUGGGUCCCGACGCUCAGACCGUUAUUCGGCAGUACCUGCGAGUUAUCGGAUUUCCCAUGAUGCCUCCCUAUUGGUCACUGGGCUUCCACCUGUGUCGCUGGGGCUACAAAAGCACGAAUGCAACGCGGCAGGUGGCUCAGCGGAUGCACGAUGCCAACUUCCCCAUGGAUGUGCAGUGGAACGACCUGGACUACGCGAGCCAAGGCAGAGUCUUCACCGAGGACCCGUUGCGAUUCGGGGACCUGAAGGAGAUGGUGGACGAAUUCCACCAAAGAGGCAUCAAGACCCUGGGAUCAGCGCUACGAGUCCUCCCGGAACUUACCAACCCUUCGACGAUGGACUCAAACGAGACGUGUUCAUCAAAAACGCCACGGGUCACCUCCUCUUGGGCAAGGUUUGGCCCGGUUUUACGGCCUUCCCUGACUUCACCAACCCAGAGACCAGACAGUGGUGGCAAGACUGUAUUGUGGAUUUUUAUUCGGAAGUGCCUUUGGAUGGAUUGUGGAUUGACAUGAACGAACCGACCAGUUUCGUGUCGGGCUCAACGGAGGGUUGCCCCGACACCGAGCUGGAGAACCCGCCGUACACACCCAGGGUGCUCGGCGGCCGCUUGAGCUCGUGGACUCUUUGUAUGUCGGCUCGGCAGAAGCGCUCCGCUCACUACGACCUGCACAACGUGUACGGACUCACUCAAGCGUUCGCCACUCACAGUGCGCUUGUGAAAGCGCGAGGGAAGAGGCCGUUUGUCCUGUCGCGCUCGUCCUUCCCGAGCAUCGGACGCUUUUCCGGAGUGUGGACCGGAGAUGUUCGGAGCGACUGGGAACAACUUGCCUACUCCAUCCCUUCGGUGCUGCGGUUCGGCCUCUUCGGGGUCCCCCUGGCGGGGGCGGACGUCUGCGGCUUCGGAGGCGACGCCAGCGAGGAGCUGUGCGUGCGCUGGAUGCAACUCGGGGCCUUCUACCCGUUCAUGAGGAACCACAACGACCGGCCGAACGCCGUAAGACGCGCACGCUCGGGUGACACGUUCUCCUGCGUCAUCGCGCGUCUUCACCGUUGCCCUCCGCAGCCUCAGGAGCCUUACGUCUUCGGGCAGAAGGCCCAGGCGGCCAUGCGGGACGCGCUGAGGCUUCGUUACUCCCUGCUCCCGUUUCUCUACACGCUCUUCCAUCACGCGCACGCCUCCGGAGACACGGUGGCCAGGCCGCUCUUCAUGGAGUUUCCCGCCGACCCUCGCUGUCGGGUCAUAGACAGGCAGUUCCUCUGGGGGAGUUCUGUCCUCGUCAGUCCGGUUUUGGAGGCGGGCGCGGCGGAGGUGUCCGCUUACCUGCCGCCCGGCACUUGGUACAGCCUGCGCAGUGUGAGCCGCGCGACUUCGAUUCAUCGAUUUAUGGGCUCGCGUCGACCAAAACGAUCGAUCCGUUGCUCUUCGUCAGGGUCGGCCGACGUACAGCGAAGGCGAGGACGUGCUUCUGUCGGCCCCUCUGGACACCGUCAACAUCCACGUGAGGGAGGGACACGUUAUCCCCCGGCAGGUUGGUGCGGCACUGUCACGACCCAUCGACAUUGUGUCAAGGAGCCCGCUUUAACGAGCGCGGUGUCGCGCAGAAACGCCUUCUUCCUGACGGUGGCGCUCUCAGCGGACGGCACGGCCCGGGGCGACUUGUUCUGGGACGACGGCGACAGCGUCGACACUUUCCAAUCGGGAAAUUACUCUUACGUCCUCUUCGCUGCUGGACAGUCGCAGGUGGCGAGUGAGCCCAUCCGGCUGAACGGAGCCCUGGACGGUCUCGUGCUGGGGGGAACGCGGGUGUUCGGCGUGCCCUCGCCGCCCCGAUACGUGGCAGCCAACGGGGAGGAAGUGAAGGAUUUCACGUAUAACGCUGACACGAAGGUUUUAAAAGUGAGCGGUCUGGCCUUGCCCAUGUCCAAGAUGUUUACAGUCCAGUGGGCACUGACAUGCGCCGCUCCCCGUUACCCAUGAUGCCGCUUUUUUGUAUAUACAGGUAUAGUCACAGCAGCUUGGAUGUGAACGUCUCAUUUCUUUGUCACCGCUCGACUGGAUCUUACGUUUUGCCCACGUUAUGUCAAUUAUGUGCAUAGUUAAAAGAUAAAUAUACACUGUAGUAUUUCUUAGAUAAGGAUUUGCUUUCAUUCUCUCGUCGGUCACUUUAUUUUUAAGAUUUUGAGUCACGUCAUUAUUUGAACAAAGAGUAUUGCGUUGCAUUUUAGAAUAUACUGUUGAAAAAGUAGGAAGUAGGACAUGAGGUGCUACAUCAGUAUAAAUUAAAACACAAAACAUAUCCCCCAAAAAACAUCGCAUUUAUUUGAUCAUCAUAAGAUGCACAUUUUGGGAUUGCAAAUGCAAACAUUCAAUUUAGAAAGUCAACAGUUUAAAAGCAGAAAUAAUAUAAAGACUCUCAAUGAAAACUCUUGCCAGGAAUCUUAACACCAACUACUAUAUUAUUAUGAUGUUGAACAGUUAAAGUUUGGAAUUGGUUAAGGUUUACAAAGGUUUUUUUUUUUUUUCCCCCCAACAGGAAGCAUUUAUUUUCCCAUCUGUAUUUAUUCUAAUAAUUCAGUGGAAAUUGAGUCAGGAAAAACUUUUAAAAUACAUUUUCUUUCAUCCAAAGCUUGUCUCCAAUCAAAAAUAAAGCAAAUUUCAAAAGGAA